UAAUUUAAACUAAAUCAUCAAAAAAAGGGAUCAUGGCAACAGGAGGAUUCAAAUCAAACGCCACGACUGACUUUUUAGAGGAGUGGAAAGCAAAACGGGAGAAAAUGCGAGCCAAAAUGCUGGGGGAUAUAGCCGCAGCGACUGGUGCACCCUUAGGUGUCAGCAACCCAAACAGCACCACCAGCACCACCGAGCAUUCCAAUAACGGCAGUCCGGAUAGAAGCGCCUCCGCUGGGAACUGCGUCGCCUCCUCCUACGCGGUGGCUCGGUCCUCCUCCGGCUCUGCUUUAAAGAGACCCGAGGAGGAAAUGCACCACCACCACCACCCUGUUGCUGCUGCUGCUGCUGCUGCUGCUUCACCCACCACCACAGCCUGCAACCUGAAGAAGGCCACGCCUCAGACUGAGCAGCAGCAGCAGCAGCCGGCUCAGCAGUGUGCAACCCAGUCUGAGUCCAGUCCCAUGGCGUGCAAUGACAGUGACAAGGGAAGCCCAUCAACACCAUCAACACCAUCAUCAUCGCCCAGUAAGGUGAAGGAGAAGAACAGCACCUCUGGUCCCAGUGCUAGGAAGGGGAAAGGACAGAUUGAGAAGAGGAAGUUGAGGGAAAAGAGGAGAUCUACAGGUGUUGUCAGCAUACCAUCCAAUGAGAGCCUGGAUGAGCUGGACGAUGACGACGCCGGGCAGAAGGACAGGAAGGAGGAGGAGCAGCUGGUUCAGGCCAACACUUUCCAGAACGAGGCCAUGACGGCUGACCCUGCCACCGGCCACUUACUGGAAACCCCCAGAUCUGGGAGCGGCCGCCACAAGAGCUCUGCAGGGCCGGGAUCUGAGGAAGAGGUGGGUGGGAACAGCAGACAACGACACAACCGUCACGGCAGAGAUGGAGGAGCUGCAGCAACAGGGGGUUUGGAGAAAAGGAUGGAAGAGCUGGAGAAGGAGCUGGCCAGAGAGCGUCAGGUAAACGACAGGUUGCUGAGGGACCACGAGGACAAAGACGACCUCAUCGUCAAGCUAAGGGAGGAAAUUGACUUGCUGAACAGAGACCUGGACGACAUUGAGGAUGAGAACGAGCAGCUCAAACAGGAGAACAAGACUCUGCUGAAAGUGGUGGGUCAGCUGACGAGGUAGGACCCGACACAAACAACUCAGCAGCCUCCUCCUCCUCCUCCUCCUCCUCGAUGAAUGGAGCGUCUCUGUUCUCUCCCCUCUCCUGACCUCCUCCUGUCCUGGGUCAAGUCCAGCAGCCUUUAAUCUCUUUUGAUUCUGUCUCUCUGUGUGUUAGCGGUGAAACUGUAAAGUCGUCACAGCGUCCCCCCCACCCCGAGGAGGAUUUAUCCCAUUUGUUGCGAAACAUCCUCCUGUCCUGACAGUCUCAUGGGAAUUGGUCUGUCAUCGUAUACAUAUUUAAUGUAAAUUUAUUGUACAUAGGCCAUUUAGAUUGUUCAUUUUUGGGGAUUUUUGAUGAGGUCUUAAAAAGCAAAAAAAGUAAAAAUGAAUGUACGUGCUGCACAAACGAGCGCACACAAAGUCUUUUAAAACUUGUUUAAAGGUUAAAAAACAAAACUUCCCAGGUAAAAUUAUAAAAACAUCUCCAGUGUUUUGCGAUGUUUGAAUUGUGUCUGUUUCAUCAGUGAACUUGGAGCUUCUGUCGAGGAACUCUUGGACCAAAUUCAACAUAAUUAUUUCUGCUACAGUACCAUCAGCCAAAGUGGGCAUAGUGCCUUGCAAUACAUGGGAGGUUUUCUUUGUCAAUUCUUUAAAAAAAGAAAUUGUUAAAGCCUGGUGCUUUAUUAAUGAACAUUAGUGCCAGAUUUACUUAUUUGUAUGCAAUAAUGUAUGUCAUCCUAUCUUCUCAAAAUUACGCUCCCAUACAACUAAACUGCAUUGUUUGAGGGAAGCGUAUUUUUCGUGGAUUACGUUUGUUUUUGACGGAUCAAAAAUAUGUUUCUAAUGAUAGUCCGCGUAUGGAGGAGGUCAUAAACAUGGUCAGAAAAACACCGGGCUUUCACCCAGGAGACUGCUGUUCGUGUCCCGUGUGAAAC